AUGGAGCAGAACAUCGACCUUACCAAGCUGUCAGACAAGGACAAGCAGGAGCUCAACCAGGUUCUCACCAAUGAAGCCCAGAAGAGCAACAUUCAACAGACCGUCCACCACCUGAACGAAGUCUGCUGGCAAAAGUGCAUCACCUCCAAGAUCUCCUCCGGUACCCUCGAUAAGUCCGAAGAGGCAUGCGCACAGAACUGCGUUGAUCGGUGGAUGGAUACCAGCUUGUCUAUCCUGACCAAGCUGGAUAAUAUGCGCGGCCACUAA